AGGGACUGAAGUGCGGAAGGGAAAUUGAAAUGCGACGCUUUCAUUGGUUCGCUAAGCCAUCCUGCGUGACGUCAGUAGCUACCUGUUGCAAAUUUCUAAGACGAGUAGAUGGGAGAGAAUAUCAAGAAGCAGAAGGAGGAGGUGUGCUAGGUCACGACAAAGCAGAAGCAAAUAUUUCAAAGAAGAUGGAGCACAACACAACUCAGAUCUCCCGUGAAGAGCUUGAGGAACUAAAGGAGGCUUUUAAUAAGAUAGACAUAGAUAAUAGCGGUUAUGUUUGUGACUAUGAAAUGCAAGAGCUCUUUAAAGAGGCAAACCUUCCACUUCCAGGAUACAAGGUACGAGAAAUUGCAGAAAAAAUCAUCAUGGCUGCGGAUCACAACAAAGAUGGAAAGAUCAGCUUUGAAGAAUUUGUAUCGCUUUAUCAAGAACUCAAAAGCAAAGACGUAAGCAAGACCUUUCGGAAGGCCAUUAACAAGCCAAAGGGUUUAACAGCACUAGGAGGAACAUCUCAGAUAUCCAGUGAGGGAACACAGCACUCAUACUCAGACGAAGAAACCGUUGCUUUCUCAAACUGGAUUAAUAAAAGCCUUUCAAAUGAUCCUGACUGCACACAUUUAUUGCCUAUGGAUCCAAACAAUGGAAGUCUUUUUAAAUCUGUUCGUGAUGGAAUCUUACUAUGCAAACUGAUCAAUUUUUCACAGCCAGACACAAUUGAUGAGCGGGUUAUUAAUACAAAGAAGCUCACCCCAUUUACAAUAACAGAAAAUUUAGUGCUUGGAUUAAACUCCGCUUCUGCUAUAGGCUGCACAGUUGUCAACAUUGGACCACAAGAUCUAAGACAAGGGAGCCCUCACUUGGUGCUUGGACUUUUGUGGCAAAUCAUCAAGGCUGGCUUAUUUGCAGAUAUUGAAAUCUCCAGAAAUGAAGCACUUAUUUCUUUGUUGGAGGAGGGAGAAGACCUAGAACAGUUGAUGAAACUCUCACCAGAGGAUCUAUUACUGCGCUGGGUCAAUUAUCACCUGAGCAAUGCCGGCUGGGAGAAAAUUAGAAAUUUCAGUGAUGAUAUCAAGGAUUCAAAAGCCUAUUACCACCUUUUAAAUCAGAUUGCACCAAAGGGGACACGAGACGAUGAACUGAAGAUUGACAUUGAUAUGUCUGGAUUUAAUGAGAAGAAUGACUUGCAGCGUGCAGAAUACAUGCUGCAGCAAGCUGCUAAGCUAGACUGCAGGCAGUUUGUUACACCUGCAGAUGUCGUGGGUGGCAAUCCAAAACUGAACAUGGCAUUUGUUGCAAACUUGUUCAACACCUAUCCUGCUCUAGACAAGCCAAACAGCAAUGGCUAUGACCCAUCUCUUUUAGAAGGAGAAAGCAGGGAAGAGAGAACAUUUCGAAACUGGAUGAAUUCUUUAGGUGUGAAUCCAUUUGUCAACCAUUUAUACAGUGAUCUAACAGACGCCUUAGUGAUUUUUCAGCUAUAUGAACAAAUCAGGAUGCCUGUUGAAUGGAAUCGUGUUAACAAGCCACCUUACCCUUCUUUGGGAGGCAAUAUGAGAAAGCUUGAAAACUGCAACUAUGCAAUUAAUGUUGGAAAAAAUGAAGCAAAGUUUUCCUUGGUGGGGAUUGAUGGUAAAAAUCUCAAUGAAGGAAAUUCAACAUUUACUCUAGCUUUAGUAUGGCAGCUCAUGAGAAGGUACACUUUGAAUGUUCUUUCUGAUCUUGGUGGAGGUGAAAAAGUAAAUGAUGAAAUUAUAAUCAAAUGGGUGAAUGAAACCUUAAAGGCUGCAGGAAAAGAUACCUGUAUCUCAAACUUCAAGGAUAAAUCUAUCAGCACCAGUUUGCCGGUACUAGAUUUAAUAGAUGCUAUUGCGCCAAAAGCCAUUCGCAAUGAAAUGGUGAAGAGGGUGGACCUUACAGAAGAAGAUAAAGUUAACAAUGCAAAGUAUGCAAUUUCCGUAUCACGUAAGAUUGGGGCCCGUGUAUAUGCUCUUCCAGAUGACUUAGUGGAAGUGAAUCCAAAGAUGGUUAUGACUGUCUUUGCCUGUUUAAUGGGAAAAGGAAUGAAAAAUAUGAAUGGCUAAUAAAUCAGUGGUAACAAUAAGAAGCUCAACAGAGGAAAUUGAGCUUGCAGAUUCACUAUUCUCACUCCAGUAGUGACUAUAAUUUAUAAAUCAAAUUUAGACAACAGCAGUGCUUCAAAUCUUGUGGUUGCCCUGCAAUUUAAUUUUAUUAAAACCGCCUGCUUUGUCUUUCUCAAUAUUUGUGUUAAUUUUUCUGAAUUAUUUUUAUGCUUAAAUCAUAUUUUCAUAAGUGUUUUAAUAAGUUGUACAUU